AUAUUUGGGGAAUAAUUAAGAUGUCUAAGGAUAAAGGAAUUCUUUUAAGAGUUCAAUCCUCAGAGGGUACAAAGCGACUGGAAAUAAGCCAAUCAGCGACCACUUGCCGCCUAUAUGAGAGCAUUUAUGAGCUGUUCGAACUGAACAGUUACACAUUUUCUUUGUUCAAAGAAAAGAACAAGAAAAGUGAAGUGGUCAGCAGUAAAACUAACACAGUGCGUAAUGCAGGGCUCCGACAUGGCGACAUGAUUUAUUUGGCUUCCAAUGAUGGGUCUACAUUGUUUCCUAGUACUGUAAGUAGCUCGUCUAAUAAUAAUCAGCACGGGGAACCACUCGAAGAGCCUGUACCUUCAACCAGUUCAGGUUUUUCAGGUUCUAGACCAAAUUCUAGCAGAGCUGCAGUGAGAAGUUCCAUUGCUGUUAAGGAAGAUGAUGUUGAUGUUCAGUUAUAUAAACUUGAUGGAAAGGUUGAGAGGGAAAGAGACGACAAACUGUGUCGUCAUAACGCAAACUCCAGAUGUGUUCACUGUUCCCCGUUGGAGCCCUACGACGAGGCCUAUUUGCGCGAGCACAACAUCAAGCACCUCUCGUUUCACUCGUACAUCAAAAAGCAAACUUCUGGGGUCGAUAGGGGCAAAUUUUUGGCUCUGGACGAUAUCUCUUGCAGAAUUAAAGAGGGGUGCAAAGAUCAUCCUCCAUGGCCCAGAGGCAUCUGCUCCAAAUGUCAGCCGAAUGCUAUCACACUCAAUCAACAAGUUUAUCGUCAUGUCGAUAACGUUGCAUUUGAAAAUACCAAUUUGGUGGAGAAGUUUUUGAAUUAUUGGCGCACCACGGGUCUACAGAGAAUUGGAUUUAUGUAUGGAACUUAUGAAGUUCACAGUGAUGUACCUUUAGGUAUCAGAGCCAACGUGGUCUCGAUCUACGAGCCGCCGCAAGACAGCACCCGCGACUCGGUGCGCCUGCUGCCGGACGACCGCGAGGAGACGGUCGAGUCGCUGGCCUCGGCCUUGGGCCUGCGACGAGUCGGCUGGAUCUUCACCGACCUCGUGGCCGAGGACGUGUCCAAAGGCACCGUCAAGCACACCAGGAACAUCGACAGCCACUUCCUGUCGGCGCAGGAGUGCAUCAUGGCCGGCCACUACCAGAACAUGCACCCAAACGCCACCAAGUUCUCCUCGAGCGGCUGCUUCGGCUCCAAGUUCGUCACAGUCUGCGUGACAGGGGACAAAACCAAUCAGGUUCACAUGGAGGGCUAUCAGGUGUCGAGCCAGUGCAUGGCUUUGGUGCGCGAUAAUUGCUUGCUACCAACCAAAGACGCCCCGGAGUUGGGCUACAUCAGGGAAUCGUCCGAUAAACAGUAUGUUCCUGAUGUUUACUAUAAGGAAAAAGAUUCUUAUGGCAACGAAGUGUCUCGUUUGGCGCGCCCUCUGCCGGUGGAGUACUUGCUAGUCGACGUGCCGGCCUCCACCCCGGUGAAUCCCACGUACACUUUCAACGGCGACGUCUCGAAGCAGCCGUUCGCCAUAGAAAACCGCUUCGUCGACGGGCACAUACAGGACUUCCAAUCGCUCACCAACUACUUGGCGCAGUUCGCCUUCAACGAGUUCUACCUCGCGAUCAACGACUUCCAUCUGCUGCUCUACAUCGCCACGAUGGACAUGCUGCCCAUGAAGGAGUACAUGGGGCCCCUGCUGCAGGCGCUGAGGACCAAGGACCGCGCCGCCGCGGAGGAGUGGUCCAGGUCCGAGCACUGGGCCACCUUGGAGCAGCUGAUCGCGGCCAGCUCACCCCCGCCGUCGAGGCCCGGAAGCGUCGCCUCCGGAAGCAUAGCCUCGGCGUCCGUCGGGUCUCCGGGAGGAGAGGCUAGAUGGACCUGCCCUUUUUGCACCUUCCUGAACCAGGCGGAUCACCAGAACUGCGAGAUGUGCAACUUGCCGCGAUCAAACAGAACUCACUAAGG